AUGAGUGCCACGCCGCAAGUGAUCGUGCAGCAGACGCCGCAGCAGCCAUCUAUGCUGUCGAAGAUGAGCAUGGGUGCGGUCAUGGGCUCGCUUGUGGGGGCCACGAUUGGCUUCAUUGGAGGUGGCUUCCAGAUUUUGCGUGCCGGACCUGGUCCUCGGGGAGCGAUGGCGACGCUCGCGCAGUACAUGAUCUCGUCAGGCGCUACGUUCGGCUUCUUCAUGUCGAUUGGCUCGGUGAUCCGCACCGAGUCGCUGCCGCAUGCGCGCGACGAACAGUGGCGCGCGGCGUACCGUGCGGCGGGCCACCGUGUGGCUGUAGCGCAGCGCAUCUAA